AUGAAUGACAUCAUGCAGGCUGCUGUUUGCGUCGGGCUGCGAGCGGACUCCUUCAGACAUAACGUCUCGUCUUGUUUGCACCUACCAGAGCAUAACUCCUACUCCGGUUUGGAGACGGCAGCAGCCUCGGCUGCAGUGCGGCAGCGGCUGGCCAGCAUUCUGAGGGCGGCCGACAGCACCAUGCAGCGCCGGCUGGCCAGGGUGAGCACCGAGCUGGCUCAUACCGACACGGAGCUCCUGUGUGAGCGUGCUCACUCACAGCAUCUGGCCCAGGAGAGGCAGGAAGUUGCAGACAAGGAGAGGUCGCUUAGCCGACAGGUGGAUGUGGCUGUGAUGGUGAUUGCCGCGUUGAGGGAGCAGCUCAACGCCUCAGAGAAUGAGCUGGAGCGGCGAGAGAGGGAAGUGUUAACCAUCCAGAAGUUUCUGGAGGCGGCGGUUCGCCAGGAGACGUGCGGCAAAGUUCGAAUCCAGCGCUUCAUCGAGAAUCUGCUGAGACGUAUCGCUCUGGCCGAGAGGCUGGUGGAGUAUUACCAGGUCAACGGUAGUCCGCCACAGUGCAACCACUACAAGCAGCACCAGCAGAAAACUGAUAACGGCCCUCACAGAAUAACUAAGAGCAGGUCAGCAGGAGGUCAGCUGUCCUCGUCUGGUCUCGCUGACAGCAGAACUCAGUCCUCGUCCCAGUUCGGCGGACGUCCUCUGUCAUCCAAACCAGGCGGAGACCGAGAUCGAGAGCGGGAACACCGGGAGCGCCUAGCUCAGUCAUCCCGGCUGUUCUGCCGGCCUGAACACAGAGACGACAUCUGGAACCAUCAGCGGCGCCGGUCCGCUGGGUACGAGGACUAGACCAGCAGAGAAAGACCAGAGGGAGGGGUGUCAGGGGGCAAGACUUUAUCACUCCGUGACUUCAUUCCAGUACGUUAACCUAUGGAAAAGUAGCUCCCAUCAACAUCCGACUUCUUUUACACCACUUCUCAUCUUAAAGCUGGAUUUGUUAGUCUGACUCCCAGGAGUCCAAAAGUUAACAGUAAUAAAUUUGGCAUGAAUAUUUUUGUCAUUGCAAAUUUAGACCAAAUUUUCUAAAAUGAUUUUAAAAAGGAUAUUUUUGUGUCUGGCAGAUUAUUUAAAAAUAUUUAAAUAUAUUUAAAUAUUUAUACUUUAGUGCUUCUCCUCCUGAAAACUCCAUAAAUGACCCGUGACCUCUAAUAAUAAUGGAGGGAAAACUAUAUAAAAGAUGGACGUAGCUUCCAGGUCUGAGAAGUGGUGCCAGUGUGGAAGUGCCUUAAACCUGCAUUCUUUCUAAUGGCCAGCAGGGGGCGGAGUCUGAUGACAAGAAGAAGGCUAUGCCACCAUUAAAGGCUCUGCUUACUUGGUUUUUGACCCAGUACAUCCAGCUUUUACAUAAAAUCUAUUGGAUAAAAUAAUUCUGAAGAUGACAGAUUAUCAUGGCUGCUUCCUCCGAACAGGGUUUACAACAUAAAGCAAUAACAAAUGUGACUCCAUGAGCUCUUUGCAUCAGACACAUUCCACUUUUAAUUGAUUGCUGUAAUUUUGUUACUUUUCCAUAGAUUAUUAAACUGGAGUGGAAGUGUAAACUGUUACACUUGGUUCUUUUUCCUUUGGAUGUAUGACUGGGUAAACCUUCCAUAUUGAAACAUAGAACUGAAUUCUGUCUGUUAAGUACAAUAGUUCAUUUUAUCUUCAGGUACAAAGGUGUGCUUUCUAUUCGUCUGUUGAUUUAUGAUUUAAUGCUGAUCACAGAAUUUGAAUUUGACGCCUGAUGACACGUCCUCUCCUCUGGUCAGACCUUCACAUCCUGGCCUGGUUCGCUCAAAAACUCCUGAUCAGUCAAGUUAUCGUGUCUCUGCCUGUGCUUUCUAAGCCAAAUCAUCACCCGGGACCGUCUCGAUAGUUUAAGAUUUGUUUAGUCUGUUAUUGUUCAAUCACAUCUCAACAACCCAUCACAAGUGAAACUUUGGCUUUCUGCUGAAGAAGGAGGUACAAGGAGCUAAAUUCUUACUAUUCCAAGAGAAAUCCUGUAUCCUUGCCUUUGCAUGGUGCACCCAACUCUACUGUCUAUCCUUUCUAGCAGUGACUGUUUUGGGCUGUGCCCAACUGGUUCCAUGUUUCAAGGCUGCUUUAACAGUCUGGUUUAAAUCUCUUUCUGCUCAUAGUCUGGGCUAUUCCUCUCCAAGGGAGGGUCCUGGUAUGUAAAGGGUUUGCAUAGCCACAGUCCUUUUUCUUUGCUUGAUGGAACCAAAUUCAGUGCCAUUGUAGUCGUGGCUAUUUCAGGUGAUACCCAACUCCAGCUCUUUUGGGCUCCACCCAUCACCAUUACCCCUGGUUUGGCUUUGAUAGCUUCUGGGCAACGUUUAUCACUUCUAGUUGUCAGUUUUUCUUGAGGUUACUCAGAAAAGAAAACCAAACAGACCUGGGAUCUGUUCGCCUUGGAAAACUCUAGCAGGGUUUUUUUUCUCAAACAGUGAUGUUCCCAGGAUCACGGAGGCACACAGCCCUCUUCACCAGCAUAAUGAGCUGAUUCUUCAGUGAACGUAUCUGGGAAAAUGUACAUCUGAGAAUCCCAUUCACGAGUAAAGUGAUAAUAAGACUGAGGGUGAUGUGGUUGAUUGCAGUCAGCUGUUGAUGACCACAAGUUUAGUUUGUACGAAGAGGAAUCGGCUGAGGUGGUUUGAGCAAUUAGGAUGCGCCUGUAACACACACACGACUGGGUUGUGCUUGAACUGUCAUUGAGCUACAACGUCUUUCUUUCUGCGGUUUUUGGCACCAGCCUCACAGCCACUCCGACUCUCUCUCAGCUCUUGCUCCUCAAUGCGGAAACAUAAAACAGGUCUCCCUCAUUAAACAGUCCUGUACACCUGUUCCCUCCCCCCGCCUCCGUGCCGCCCUGUGAGCUCACUGUGCCACCCCUCAUCUGCAGCAGGCCAAAGACCACGCCCCCGCCACAGCUUCCUUAGCAGAGGUUUUCUGGGCAGACGAGACUCUGAGUUAAGUUGAUUUUCAGUAACGCCUCCUUGUCGGCACUGAUUUGGUUUUUAAAGCACAGGCACAAGUUCGAUGAUGCCAGACCCGGGUCAAAUCUGUUCAGCAUGUAGCUGAGAGGAGUUUCCUUCGAAGAUCGAUCUGCUUUUGAUGCAUAGAGAGGAAAGAUGACAACAGGUGAUAAGUAAACAUGGAGGAAACAGCUUCCUUCUACGCUACUCAAAUAAGGACAAAAUGUUGCAAAAAUGGGCAAUGAUAUUUUAGCGGUGGGUUUGAUGUGGUGCUGACACGCUGCUCGACUCCACCCCACUGGACUUUGGGUGUGGACACUUGUUGGAGUAAAAUGAUCUGUAGCUGCUCGGUUGCCUGUCUCUUAUCAUAAGGGGGUGGCUGUAGCUCAGGUGGCAGAGCAGGUCAGCCUCUAAUCAGAAGGUCGGUGGUUUGAUCCCAAG